UAUACGUAAGGAUUAUAAUCAGUGAAUGAAUACAAAUGUGAGCGGUCGGUAAAACGUACAGUUUAGGUUAAUUUUUAAUGGUUAAUAGUCCGACCAAAUGUUCUCGCGUUGUAAUAGUGGUGAUUUCAAGUAACAGACUUCGGUCUUAGGAUUAAAGACAUCGACAAUGCCACAAUGAUGAAGUUUAUCGAAGUUUUGACGACCUGUGUCGUUUUUCAAUAUCUAGCUACUAUUUGUACGACACAUUUACUUAUAAACGUGAAAAAUCAAGGUGGUGAUAUCCUUCUUGAAACAAUAUCAUCUAAUGUUACCGAAGAUGUAAUUACGUUGGAAUUUCAACGUUCUGACGGUACACUUGUAACGCAACUAAUAGACUUUAAAAAUGAGGUACAAGUUAUAAAGGCAUUGGUCCUAGGCGAAGAAGAAAGAGGACAAAAUCAGUAUCAAGUUAUGUGCUUUGUUAAUCAUUUUUAUAAGGUCGAUUUUAUAUCCUCCGAUGCUAUGUCUAAGCUACGUCAAAAGAAUCCAGGCACCGUCCGUGUUGCGGAAGAGGAUAAAGGUCAUGCCAAUUAUACUAUGGACUUGUUUUUGGACGUCUCUCAAUCUAAAGAUAUUUCUAAACAUGUAGCUAGUCUUUGUAGCGAAGCGGCUGGCUCGGCUUAUACGAGAAACGAAGAUAUCAAACAGUGGAUUCAAAGGCCAGGUUCUACAGAGACUUCAUUAAUGGCAGCGGUAUAUAACUUUACUUCUACUGCUAUGUCGCAACAAAAUCCUACUGAGACAAGGUCACAGUUUGUCUCUAAAUGCGCUGACACAUCCAAUUUAUGGGUACCUUGUACGUGUUCUUUAGAACUUUGUAUCGGUUGGUAUCCGUGUGGAUUGAAAUUUUGUAAAGGUAAAACCGAAGGUAGAAAAGUAGCUAGCACUUACAGGUGUGGUAUAAAAACUUGUAAAAAAUGUUUUAUAUUCACUUAUUACUCAAAAAUGAAACAAAAUUGUUUAUGGGACGAAUGACAUAUAAGAACGUUAUUAGAUAUCGAUUCAACAUAAUUAAACAUGCAAAUAAUGACACCUUUAAAUGUACACUGUGUGCUUCGUACACAAUUGAGAUAAUUCCUAUUGAAUGAACGGUAUCCGUUAUUCACUUUCAAUUACUUAUUCAUAAAGUAAUUGUCUAAAAAGUCUAACGAUGCUAUGGUAUGAGCUUUUAUUAAUUAUGUCAAAUGAAAUUUUGUGUCGAUGAAAAAAUUUAUUUUUAAUAACGCUAACUUAUCUUUAAAGUAAUAUCUUAAUAUUGUUAACUCAUUUUAAAAGCACUCGUAUCUAAUUUCUUUGAAAAUUUCAAAUAGUCUCGGUUGCAGGAAUAUUAGUUCAUUAAAAUUAAAAUCUUACGUGCACAAACUGUUACAUGUGACUCUUGUUUUUUUUUUCUUUUUUUUUUUUUUUUUAUAUGUAUAUAUAUAUUUUUGAAUGGAUAUAUUUGUAAUAUAUAUAAAAAAAGAGAAAAAAAAAACAUAUUUAUUCAGGAUAUAUGAAGUACGAUAAAUGUGUGUCACACCGAAGACAUUCCAAGUUUCAUAACGUUCCAUUGCGUGCCCAUUUAUAUAUAACAUUCAAUUUCUCUAAUUGUGUGCACCAAUUUUCAACUAUCGAUCUACUUUGUAUAUCAGUAAAAGUAUGUAUAACAUUCCUAAAACGCUUGGACUUGAACAAACUAUAGUCACUUCCAUCA